UAAUUGGUAACUGGCCAAAACGUAAUGAUUGAUGUAAGAAGACGCACGGCAAAACGUCGUCGUAUAAGCUUUUCAUCGUCAAACAAAACGGCUUCGUUUCAAGGCUCACACUUGUCUUUAUUUAUCACUUCAUCUUCUCCAAAGCCAUACCACUUGAAACCUCUCUCUCUGGUUGACCCGAUAAUUUCUCUCUCGCAGACGCACAGAUCUCUCUUCGAAUCUGCUAGAUCUGUUCCUUUUCUUACAUCUGUAUUGCGAAACCUCUGAUCGGAAGGUUUCGUUUACAGAUCUACCGAUACGAGUUUCGCAGUAUUUCCGAGUUCCGACGUAUGCUUUGUUUUCAGAUCUGGGUUUGUUGUAUAUCUAGAAAUGGCGGAGACUUUGAAAGAAGAUUCGAUUAUGAUUCGAGAGGUUUGGGAUUACAAUUUGGUUGAAGAAUUCGCGUUGAUCCGUGAGAUUGUUGACAAAUUCAGCUAUAUCGCUAUGGAUACUGAGUUUCCAGGUGUGGUUUUGAAGCCUGUUGCUACUUUCAAGUACAAUAACGAUCUUAACUACAGGACUCUCAAGGAAAAUGUCGAUUUGUUGAAAUUGAUUCAAGUUGGGUUAACUUUUUCUGAUGAGAAUGGGAAUCUUCCGACUUGUGGGACGGAUAAGUUCUGCAUCUGGCAAUUCAAUUUCCGUGAGUUCAACAUCGGUGAGGAUAUCUACGCGAGUGAGUCUAUUGAGCUGUUGCGUCAGUGUGGGAUUGAUUUCAAGAAGAACAUUGAGAAAGGUAUUGAUGUGGUUAGGUUUGGUGAGCUUAUGAUGUCGUCUGGGAUUGUUUUGAACGAUGCUAUCUCGUGGGUUACGUUCCAUGGUGGAUAUGAUUUCGGGUAUUUGGUUAAGUUGUUGACUUGUAAGGAAUUGCCUCUCAAGCAAGCUGAUUUCUUCAAGCUUCUGUAUGUGUAUUUCCCUACGGUUUACGAUAUCAAGCACUUGAUGACGUUCUGCAACGGACUGUUUGGUGGAUUGAACAGACUUGCGGAGCUUAUGGGAGUGGAGAGAGUUGGGAUUUGUCAUCAAGCUGGGUCGGAUAGCUUGCUCACCUUAGGGUCGUUUAGGAAGCUCAAGGAACGUUAUUUCCCGGGAUCAACUGAGAAAUACACUGGAGUCUUGUAUGGUCUAGGUGUGGAAGAUGGUACUACUACUACUGUUGCUAAUUAAGAAGAAAGGAAUGAAAGAUACUUUGAAAAUUCCAGGGAAGUGCGAUUAGAUAUAUUUCUUUAGUCUUUGUGAGUGUGAGAAGACCAAAAUAGAAUCGUCGUUGUGUAAAUUGGCAAAUUGGUGUUAGUAAGUGACUUGUUGUGUCUUUGUUGCUUUGUUUUCAGGAAAACCCCUUGUGAUCAAAAUUUGAGGGGUUUUUGUUUUAGCUUGAGUUUCUGAAUGUAUAUCAAUUCAGCUACCCGUUUAUUUAAUAAAUAAUCUCCAAUUUUAAUUUUUCUUCUCUUUUCUUUUUGUGUGUGUUUUCUUCUUACUAGUGACCAAUGUAACUUGACAGUGGCUUCUUGUAGUAGCGUUUGCAUGUCUCAGCUUGCAGUUACUGUGUAAUUCUUUGUAACCAUACCAGUUUGAAGAUGCAAACUGGUAAGUUUUAUGCUUAAGAGAAUGUUGAAUCUUCCUGUGUUCUUCUUUCCCUCUUCGUUGAUACAAGUUGAUAAGGAGAACAAUGAACUGCUUAUGCUAGAGGUUAUAUGUGUUACAUUGUUUAAAAAACAGAGCUAUGGUAAUCGAUUGAUGUAUAGAUUUGUUAUUUAGGUGUUUAUGAUGUAAGUGGUAUCAUGUCAUGGUUAAUGUGGAGGAGAAUCACAUAUGUAUGCUGUUGCAUUCGCCAAUCACCUCAAUAGCCAAUUUAUUAUCAUAUUGUCAAUGAGUAGCAUUCUAAUGCAAUCAAUGUUUUGUUGGGCAAGUAUUCAGACGUCAUCUGAGUCGCAAGUGGUACAGAAGAUUACGAGAUUUGACUGAUUGAGACGUCGUAGCUCAUUCAAUUGCCGAAGAAAAAAAAAAAAGUAUCAGCCUGUUGGAAGUAUUAUGUCAAAAUGUGGAUUUGUGUAUGAACUCAGUUUC